AUGGAAUUAGCUCAUAGCUUAUUGCUGAAUGAAGAAACAUACAAUCAACUGGGUGAAGUUCAGAAGGCAGAGUUUAUUUUUGAUUGGUUGAGAUAUUUGGAGAAGCUCUUGGUUGCAACCAGCAGGAGUGAUGUAAGGGAGAAACAGAAGACUCUUGUGGAACAGCUCCUGUCUUUGCUCAACAGCUCCCCAGGGCCUCCUACUCGUAAACUCCUUGCUAAGAAUCUAGCCCUUCUUUAUAGUAUUGGAGACACGUUCUCUGUUUAUGAGACAAUCGAUAAAUGUAAUGAUCUUAUUCGAAGCAAAGAUGAUUCUCCAAGUUAUCUUCCCACUAAACUCGCUGCUGUGGUGUGUUUGGGUUCCUUGUACAAGAAGUUGGGUAGAAUAUUAGGUAACACCUUUACUGAUACAGUGGGAAAUAUUCUCAAAGCUAUGAAGAGUGCAGAGUCACAAGGUCGUUAUGAGAUUAUGCUGAGCCUGCAAAACAUACUGAAUGGACUGGGAGCUGCUGCUACCCCUUGCCACAGGGAUAUUUAUAAAGCUGCUAGAUCCUGCUUAACAGAUAGAUCCAUGGCUGUUCGUUGUGCUGCUGCAAAGUGUCUCCUUGAACUUCAGAAUGAGGCUGUCUUUAUGUGGAGUACAGACCUGGACAGUGUGGCCACACUAUGUUUUAAAUCCUUUGAAGGCUCCAAUUAUGAUGUGCGGAUUUCAGUUUCAAAACUACUAGGCACGGUGUUGGCUAAAGCCAUAAUUUGUAAACACCCAGGAGCAGCAGCCUCACGUCAGAGCAGUCGCAGAGUAUCACUGGAGGAAGUUCUGGAAUUACUAGGAACAGGGUUCCUACGUGGGAGUUCAGGAUUUCUUCGAGCCAGUGGAGAUAUGCUGAAAGGAACCAGUUCAGUCAGUAGGGAUGUUCGAGUUGGAGUUACUCAGGCUUACGUGGUGUUUAUUUCAACACUAGGAGGAGCAUGGCUAGAGAAAAAUUUUGCUGCCUUUCUUUCUCAUAUCCUAAGCCUGGUUUCACAGUCGCACCCUAAGGCCACCCAAACUCAAAUUGAUGCUGUCUGCAGUCGUCGUUGUGUUUCAUUUAUCCUUCGAGCUACUGUUGGAGGCCUUCUUGGAGAAAAGGCUCAAAUUGCUGCUGCUAAGGAUGUUUGCCAGGCUAUCUGGAAGUUAAAGAAAGUUAUGGAUGCUGUAAUGAGUGAUGGUAAUUUGGAAACGCGGCUCGGCUCUGCUGAUGUAGCUGCCAGCCAGCAUAUGCUGGUGUGUGCUUUACAAGAACUUGGAAAUCUCAUAUACAGUCUCGGCACCACGGCUGCACCUUUGUUACAGGAUUCGAGUGCAGGCAUCCUUGACAAUGUCAUUUCAGUUACUCUUCACCCUAGCAUUUCCGUUCGACUCGCAGCCGCGUGGUGUCUACACUGCAUUGCCGUGGCGCUACCUUCCUACCUGACGCCGCUCUUAGAUCGUUGCCUCGAAAGGCUGACUGUGCUUAAGUCUUCACCUGAAGCAGUGACUGGCUUUAGUUUUGCUGUGGCAGCUCUGCUUGGAGCGGUGAAACAUUGUCCUUUAGGAAUUCCUCAUGGAAAGGGCAAGAUUAUUAUGGCGUUAGCAGAGGAUUUGCUGUGUUCUGCUGCUCAAAACAGCCGCCUUUCAGCUCAGCGCAUACAGGCCGGAUGGCUGUUGAUUGCUGCGCUGAUGACCUUAGGUCCUGCAUUUGUCGGUCAUCACCUUGCUCGAGUACUGCUCUUGUGGAAGUGUGUCUUCCCGGUGUCUGCUGAAGAUCUAGAAUCAGAAAAGAGCCGAGGAGACUCCUUCACGUGGCAGGUAACCUUGGAAGGACGCGCUGGUGCUCUCUGUGCUAUCAAGAGCUUUGUUGCCCACUGCGGUGAUCUCCUUACUGAGGAAGUAAUUCAGCAUCUUGUUCCACCACUUCCUUGCGCUGUGGAUUUGCUAACUCAGCUCUCUUCAAUACUAAAAACAUAUGGAAGUCCUUUGAAAACACCAUCAGUAGUUUAUAGACAAAGGCUUUAUGAAUUGUUGAUUUUAUUAUCUCCUGAAACCUAUGAAGGAAACCUCAGUGCAAUCUUCAAGGAGCUGGCUGCUGACCUGACUGCCCCUGAUAUCCAGGUGGCAGCAUCCACAUUUUUACUCCCACCCCUCUGUCAUCAAGAUGAUCUUCUAAUAUUAAGUCCUUUGCUGCAAGAGACUGACCAUAGAUUUAUUGAAGAACAGCUCCUGCUUGGUAGUGGUAUUGCUUGUGGAAGUCUCGAGUAUGACCCUUACUCUAUUUACGAGAAAGAUGUAGAGGGAGAUUCGGUGCCUAAGCCCUUACCUCCAACGCUGUCAGUCACUCGCUCUGCAGUCAAGCUGUUUGGAGUUGUGUGUGCUCAUGUGGGAGAAGCCCAAAGGCUUCUUGUGCUGGAACAGCUUUUGGACAGUAUAAAGCAUACAAAAGGAGCCCGUCAACAAGUAGUUCAGUUACAUGUCGUUUCUUCAGUUGCUAGUUUCUUGAAGUAUGUGGCUGGCUCUAAGGGACAUAUUGGUCCAGAAGAAGUGAGAAGACCUGUCCUUGCACUGGUGAUGGGAGCCUUGGAAAGUCCCAACCCCCUCUUGAGAUGUGCAGCUGCAGAGGCAUGGGCUAGAUUAGCCCAAGUAGUUGACGAUGGAGCUUUUACUGGUGCAUUAGCUCAAGUUAGCUUUGACAAACUGAAAUCAGCAAGGGAUGCGGUUACCAGAACAGGACACUCAUUGGCUUUGGGAUCCCUACAUAGGUACUUAGGAGGAAUAAGUUCUCAACAUUUGAAUUCUUGUGUUGGAAUCCUUUAUACUUUGUCUCAGGACAGCACCUCACCUGAUGUGCAGACCUGGGCACUGCAUUCUCUCUCACUGAUAAUUGAUUCUGCCGGCCCACUCUAUUAUACACAUGCAGAACCAACCCUUUCUCUUAUUAUAAUGUUGCUGUUAAAUGUGCCUCCUACUCAUGCUGAAGUUCACCAAAGUCUAGGUCGCUGUUUGAAUGCCCUUAUUACUACAUUGGGUCCAGAGCUACAAGGUAACAGCACUUCUGUUUCUACCCUAAGAAGUUCCUGUCUAUUGGGUUGCGCAGUGAUGCAAGAUAACCCAGACUGCCUUGUCCAAGCUCAGGCCAUCUCUUGCCUUCAGCAGCUUCAUAUGUUUGCUCCACGACAUGUCAACUUGUCUAGCCUGGUCAGCUGUCUCUGUGAGAUCUUGUUGGAUAAUUCUGUGUUGGUGAAUCUUUGUAGUCCCUAUUUGUUACUGAGACGAGCAGUACUGGCUUGUUUACGUCAGCUUGUUCAGAGAGAAGCAGCUGAAGUUUCAGAGCACGCUGUUAUGCUUGCUAAGAACAGCAGAGAAGAACUGACUCUGGAUGCUAACAUCAGAGAGGUGGGCCUUGAAGGGGCCUUACUGACCUUACUUGACAAAGAAACAGAUCGGAAAUUAUGCCAUGAUAUCAAAGAGACUUUAAAUCACAUGCUCACAUCUAUGGCAGUGGAUAAACUUUCCUUUUGGUUAAAGCUUUGUAAAGAUGUCCUCGCUGCAUCAGCUGAUUUUGCAGCUGUAACGUGUGUGGAUACAAUGCAAGAAGAGGAAGGAGAUAGAGGGGAUGACGCUUCAGUUCUGACCAGCAGAAGUGACGGCAGGCCUCACCCUUUCACCAAUCCCCGAUGGGCUACAAGAGUCUUCGCUGCUGAAUGCGUCUGUAGGAUAAUCACCCAGUGUGAAAAUGCACACAGCGCACAUUUUGAUGUUGCUCUAGCACAGGACCUGAAAAAGAAGGAUUCAAGAAAUGACUUUUUGGUGCUACAUCUUGCUGACUUAAUUCGCAUGGCUUUUAUGGCUGCCACAGAUCAUAGUGACCAGCUCCGUCUUUCUGGCCUUGAAACACUGUUAGUGGUUAUUCGGCGAUUUGCAACAAUUCCAGAACCAGAGUUUCCAGGUCAUGUGAUUCUGGAACAGUAUCAAGCCAAUGUAGGAGCGGCACUUAGACCAGCCUUCACCUCAGAGACACCACCUGACGUCACUGCCAAAGCAUGUCAGGUUUGCAGUGCCUGGAUAGCAAGUGGAGUUGUAAGUGACCUUAACGACAUCCGAAGAGUUCAUCAGUUGCUUGUUGCAUCAUUAACAAAAAUUCAGGUUGGAAAAGAAGCUCUUAGUCACUUAUAUAAUGAAAGUGCUUCUACCAUGGAGAUCUUAGCUGUGCUAAAAGCCUGGGCAGAGGUCUACAUAAUUGCUGUAGAAAGGCAUAAAAACCACAGACAGCCUUUAAAGACUCCUGCCGGUUCAGAAGAGAGCGUUGGAAACGGGUCGGUUUCACCAGACGGGCUGCUUGACUUAGUCCACGCAGACCUCAGUACAUUGAGUAGGCUCUGGCUAGCUGCACUUCAGGAUUUUGCUCUCCUAACUUUGCCUUCAGAAUUUGCCUCUCAGCUUCCUGUUGAAGGUGGUGCUUUCUACACAGCAGAGACUAGUGAAAAUGCAAAACGACAUUAUUACAACUCCUGGGCGCUUAUCUUGCAUGCCACAGCACUGUGGCUUACAAGCACAGGCUUUGUCGUUGCUGACCCAGAUGAGGGAGCCCCUAAUCUCUCAAGGCCUGUGACACCAACUUCCAUGUGCCAGGGCUCAUCCUCUGGACCUGCAGUGAAGUCCCCUGAGGAUGUCUACACUGAGAGAUUCCAUCUUAUUUUAGGAAUCAGUGUGAAGUUUCUGUGUUCCUUACGUUCAGAUGCAACCAUGGAAAGCAUUACUGCCUGUUUACAUGCAUUACAGGCCCUUCUAGAUGUUCCUUGGCCAAGAUCUAAAAUUGGCAGUGAUCAGGACUUGGGUAUUGAGUUGUUGAAUGUACUACAUCGAGUAAUUUUGACUCGAGAAUCACCUUCCAUUCAACUGGCUUCUCUUGAAGUGGUCAGGCAGAUUAUCUGUGCGGCUCAAGAACAUGUGAAGGAGAAAAGACGAAGUGCAGAAGUCGAUGAUGGGGCUGCUGAAAAGGAAACCUUGCCAGAAUUUGGAGAGGGAAAGGACACAGGAGGACUUGUGCCUGGGAAGUCUUUGGUCUUUGCAACACUGGAGUUGUGUGUGUGCAUUCUAGUUAGGCAGCUCCCAGGGCUAAAUCCUAAAUUGACAGGUAGCCCAGGAGUGAAAGCAGCAAAGCCACAGAUGCUGUCAGAAGAUGGAAGUAGGUUGGUUUCAGCUGCGUUAGUUAUCCUCUCUGAACUUCCUGCAGUGUGCUCUCCUGAAGGAAGCAUCUCAAUCCUUCCUACCAUACUGUACCUCACAAUUGGAGUCCUCAGAGAAACUGCUGUGAAGUUACCUGGAGGCCAGCUGUCUUCAACGGUUGCGGCUUCCCUACAGGCUCUGAAAGGAAUAUUGGCUUCUCCCAUGGCCCGAGCAGAAAAGAGCCAUACUGCUUGGACGGACCUUCUCCGUAGUGCUUUAACUACAAUUCUUGACUGUUGGGAUCCAGUAGAUGGAACACACCAAGAACUUGAUGAAGUCAGUCUGCUUACUGCUAUCACAGUAUUUAUUUUGUCUACAAGUCCAGAAGUAACUACGAUCCCAUGCCUUCAGAAGCGCUGUAUCGAGAAAUUUAAGGCCACUCUUGAGAUAAAAGAUCCUAUGGUACAAAUCAAGACCUAUCAGCUCCUCCUUUCCAUUUUUCAGUAUCCAAAUCCAGCUGUUUCCUAUCCAUACAUUUACUCUUUAGUAUCCUCUAUCGUGGAAAAGUUGCAGGAAAUAGAUAGGAGAAAACCUGAAGAAACUACUGAGCUUCAGAUCUUUCAAGAAGGCAUAAAGGUCCUGGAAGCGCUGGUGGCCGUUGCUGAGGAACAGCACCGCUCUCAGCUCGUGGCCUGUCUUCUGCCCAUCCUCAUUUCCUUCCUUUUGGAUGAGAAUGCCCUGGGAUCAGCAACUUCCAUAAUGAGAAAUCUCCAUGACUUUGCUUUGCAAAAUCUCAUGCAGAUUGGCCCUCAGUACUCAUCCGUCUUUAAAAGUGUAAUGGCUUCUUCUCCAGCCUUGAAAGCCCGCCUUGAAGCUGCUAUAAAGGGCAAUCAAGAAACUGUCAAAGUCAAGACACCAACAUCUAAACAUACUAAUAACUCUGGGAAGAGUUCAAGCAUCCAGUUAAAGACCAACUUCCUGUGA